AUGGCUCUGCGCUUUAACAGCUCGGACGUGCCCUUGGCGACGGCCUCGGCACCGCAGGCGUCGCGUGGCGCGACGGUGCGCCGUGCAAAGACGUUGACAAAGCCGGAGCGCGGCCAGGCGCCGCCCCCGCUCAUCAACCCGUCCAACAAUUUAUUGCUCCCAGUGCCCAAUGCCGCACCGCAGCCAGACAAGGCCUCAUACUCAAACAGCCCAUGGCGAAUAUUCUCAAAGAUUAUCACUUUCUGGGCGCCGUCGUCGGUCCUGCGCAGCGUCGCCGGCCUCAGCGACGCGAACAUGAUCCAGGCCUGGCGGGAGAAGAUGGCACUGUGUUUUAUUAUUCUGUGCAUGUGCGCCGUCAUCGGAUUCGCGACGGUCGGGCUGCAGCAGGUGUUCUGCCCGGCGACGACCACGCAGACGACGUCGUCCAUCAUUUCUCUCGGCUCCACCCAAUCACAGGCCACGCUCGCAGUGCGCGGAGUACUCUACAAUAUUUCUGCUUCAAAGCCGACCGAUUCCGUCAACUUCUACACCCUCGCAGCCCAGAUGCCUGGCAUGGACAUCACCCCGUACUUCACCCGCACGGCCUCGGACUUUUCCGCCUGCACUGGCCUGUCUUUCGCCGCGGCGACGGACAACCCUUGUCCCAGCACAACGACGUGCCCGCUCCCGUCUUUGACCGCAUCGAGCACCUACACCACCCUCGGGCUCCAGAACAUGUCCGCGCCCGUCGGAUACGGUUGGGAUGACAUCCAGAACGUGACCAACUUCAUGGUCCUCGACGGCGCGGUGCUCAACAUGCAACCCUACAUCUCCCUCCACGCCUCCAAUGUGUCCGGAGAUGCCGUCGACACGGCCAUUCGCACCGUCCUCGCGAUGGACCCUGUCGGCGGUCGCGACGCCACUCGCAUGUUCUCCAAUACUGCCGAGCUCAAAGCAGCCAUGCCGUGCUUGCAGCAACGAUACAUCGCCGGCCACAUCGACAAGAUCACAGCAGGAUGCUUCGUCAGCAACCUGGUGUUGUACGCCGGCCUGAUCGUCAUCCUAGGGCUCGUCCUGCUCCGCUUCGUCAUGGCCUGUAUCUUCGCCUGGUUCCUCUCCCACCGUCUCGCUGGCAACCCGGAUAAAGCGGCAUUGAAUCGCGCGGCGAUCAGUCCUGCGGUCAUGCCGGGAGGCGCAAACGUCAGCAUCGACAACAAGACGGGCACGGCGCCCUGGACCCAACCGGGAAAGCUUACCAAGAAGCAAAAGGGCGGAGGAGGUCAAUUGACGCCCAGCGCGAGCAGUUCCACGCUCAACGAAGGCGCAGCACCUAUCCUCUCGCUGGCCCAGAUCGGGGCCGAGCUGUUCGCCGUCUGCUUGGUUACGUGCUAUUCGGAAGGCGAAGAUUCGCUGCGGACAACGCUUGACAGCAUUUCACGGACGGAUUAUAGCGACGCGCGCAAGUUGUUGUUCAUCGUGGCCGACGGCAUGAUCACGGGUGCGGGAGAGAAGAGAUCGACGCCGGAUAUCUGUGUCAGUCUGCUAGAGGCCGACCCGAGGUUUGGGAACCCAGUACCGAUGAGCUACAUCGCAGUCGGGAGUGGUACGAAAGCGGAGAAUCGGGCGAUGGUGUACGCGGGGCAUUACACUGUGGCGGGACGCAGGACUCCGGCGGUCGUAGUCGUCAAGUGUGGCACUGAGCGCGAGGCAGCUACUGAGAAGAAGCCGGGUAAUCGUGGUAAACGCGACUCGCAGCUCAUUCUCAUGAACUUCUUCUCACGUGUCACAUACAACGACCGGAUGAGCCCUCUCGACUUCGACCUGUUCAGGAAGAUCAAUGUGCUUAUGGGCGUUACGCCCGAUUUCUUUGAGGUCUGCCUCAUGGUGGACGCCGAUACGAAGGUCUUCCCUGGAAGCUUGAAGGCUCUCGUCAACUGCAUGUUCCAUGAUCCGCUCAUUAUGGGAUGUUGUGGCGAAACGAGGAUAGCAAAUAAGCGGCAAAGUUGGGUCACUGCGAUCCAGGUCUUCGAGUACUUCAUCUCGCAUCACAACGCAAAGGCAUUCGAGAGCGUGUUUGGCGGUGUCACCUGUUUACCCGGCUGUUUCUCGAUGUUCCGUCUCAAGGCACGCAAGAGUACGGGCGACGACUGGGUACCGCUCAUCACCAAACCCGAGAUUGUCAAGGAGUACUCGCAGUCCGAGGUCGUGACCCUCCACGAGAAGAACCUGCUCUUACUUGGCGAGGAUCGUUUCCUGACCACCCUCAUGCUUCGCACGUUCCCGAACAGGAAGAUGAUGUUCCUCCCCCAAGCCAGGUGUCGCACCGUCGUGCCGGACACGUUCGGCGUCUUGCUUUCCCAACGACGUCGCUGGAUCAACUCGACAGUACACAAUCUCAUGGAGCUCGUCCUCGUCCGCGACCUGUGCGGUACAUUCUGCUUCAGCAUGCAGUUCAUGGUCUUCAUGGACCUCCUCGGAACGGUAGUCUUGCCCAUCGCCAUCGUCCUCACGUACAUCCUUGUCAUCAAGUCCGCGCUGAACCCACCGCACAACUUCAGCGAGGCUAUUCCGCUCAUCCUCCUCGUGGCUGUGUUGGGUCUCCCGGCCAUCCUGAUCAUGUUGACAACGAGGAAGAUGGUGUAUGUCGCUUGGAUGUUCAUCUACCUCCUGGCGUUGCCGGUGUGGAACUUGAUCUUACCUGUGUAUGCGUUCUGGCACUUCGACGACUUCUCAUGGGGAGAGACAAGAAAAGUCGAGGGCGAGGCCAAGGAUACGGGACAUGGCGAAGGAAAGGGCACGAGCGCAGCUGCCGCUGUACCUUUACGGAGAUGGGAAGAUUGGGAGCGCUCGCGCUUACGCAAGCAGAAACGUGAAGAGCGGCGCCGACGUGAGUUCGCACGUCAACACGGUGCCUUCACGACGGGCAAUGGCGACCAUCUCGCGCCCAACGGCUACACCGAGAGUACCUACGAGGGAUCAGACAGGGCUAGCGUCGCGAGCUCGGAUGAUCAAUGGGGCGACAAUGUCGGCAACUACGAUGAGCGUGGGUCCCAGUACCCACCUCCCCCACCUGGACUGCAUGCACUGGCGCACGGCAACCAUCCUUACGGUGCAGGCAAGACCAUUGACGCGAACGACCUUGAGGCGAUGUUGGACGCCGGAUGGGAUGAUCAACCCAGUCCGGGUGCCAGUACAGAUGCAUUACAUGCGGCGCCAACGCAUCAAGUGCCGCCUACCCCUGAUAGUGCGACUACGCCGAGAGGGAGGGGCGGCCCUGGCGGAAUGACGAGCGCGCUAGAGGAGCCCGGAUGGAGGGGGCAUGCGAAGAAGAGGAGUGGAGGUGGGACAAGGGAUUAUGGGCCGUUGGGGCCGCUUGACCCGGGGAGCAAGUUCUAG